AUGAAUCUCCUCGGAAUCCAUCAAUCCGCUUCAAAGCCCAGCCUCGUCUCUUCUUUUUGGAGUAUACAUGCACAACUACCGAAUGGUGAAACGGACAGCUUGGAUAUGAAAAACUGUUCCCUCAUCUCAUUGCCAGACGUCUCCGCGCAAGAACAUAAAAAGUCGAAAGUCUCGAGGAGUUUAACGGAUUUACGAGAUGACUGUAUGAAUUUAUCAGUUUUGUUUACGAGUCGAGAACACGAGGAUCUUCAUCACGUAAAAGGCAAAGAAAACAUCAGUGUCAACAUCCAAGAAUGGCUUCAGAAUGUGCAACCUGGUGCCGCUCCACCUGAAAAUAAAACG